GAGCAGCGCUUGCUCCCUCGCUCACUCGCUUGCUCGCAGGGACACACGCAGGGGCUGACAGCUGUGCUGGUGCUGAUAAGGGAAGCCACAAGGAGACGAUCGAGGAGAGAGACAAGCAGCAGCAGAGGCAGCAGCGGCAGAGGCAGCACCGGGGCUGCGGAGCUGCUGGGAGUGGGAGUGACGCCCCCACCUCGGGCCCCCACCCUGUCCCCAUCCUCCUCCUGAUUGCCCUGAGUUUAGAAGAGCAGCUGCUGCCGCCACCACCACUCCGGAGGGCACCAGGGCUACUGUCCAGGGAGGGACAGUAGCAGUGAGGCUCUGGCCAGUCCCAGCAGCCGGGGACAGAUGCCGAUCGAGAUUGUGUGCAAAAUCAAAUUUGCUGAGGAGGAUGCAAAACCCAAGGAGAAGGAGGCAGGGGAUGAGCAGAGCCUCCUGGGGGCUGCUCAGGGGCCAACAGCCCCUCGGGACUUGGCCACCUUUGCCAGCACCAGCACUCUGCAUGGGCUGGGCCGGGCCUGUGCCCCAGGCCCCCAUGGACUGCGCAGAACCCUUUGGGCACUGGCUCUACUCACCUCACUGGCUGCCUUCCUAUACCAGGCAGCCAGCUUGGCCAGGGGCUACCUGACCCGGCCUCACCUGGUAGCCGUGGACCCUGCUGCCCCAGCCCCAGUGGCGGGUUUCCCGGCUGUCACCCUCUGCAACAUCAACCGCUUCCGGCAUUCAGCACUCAGCGAUGCUGAUAUCUUCCACCUGGCCAAUCUGACAGGGCUGCCCCCCAAAGACCGGGAUGGGCACCGUGCGGCUGGCCUUCGCUACCCAGAGCCCGACAUGGUAGACAUCCUCAACCGCACUGGCCACCAGCUUGCUGACAUGCUCAAGAGCUGCAACUUCAGUGGGCACCACUGCUCCGCCAGCAACUUCUCCGUGGUCUACACUCGCUAUGGGAAGUGUUACACCUUCAAUGCGGAUCCUCAGAGCUCACUGCCCAGCCGGGCAGGUGGCAUGGGUAGUGGCCUGGAGAUCAUGCUAGACAUCCAGCAGGAGGAAUACCUACCCAUAUGGAGGGAGACAAAUGAGACGUCAUUCGAGGCAGGUAUCCGGGUGCAGAUCCACAGCCAGGAGGAGCCUCCCUACAUCCAUCAGCUGGGGUUUGGUGUGUCCCCAGGCUUCCAGACUUUUGUGUCUUGCCAGGAACAGCGGCUAACUUAUCUGCCCCAGCCUUGGGGCAACUGCCGGGCGGAAAGCGAGCUCAGGGAGCCUGAGCUGCAGGGCUACUCAGCCUAUAGUGUGUCUGCCUGCCGACUGCGCUGUGAAAAGGAGGCCGUGCUGCAGCGCUGCCACUGCCGGAUGGUGCACAUGCCAGGCAAUGAGACCAUCUGCCCGCCAAAUAUCUACAUUGAAUGUGCCGAUCACACACUGGAUUCCCUGGGUGGAGGCUCUGAGGGCCCAUGCUUCUGCCCCACCCCAUGCAACCUGACCCGCUAUGGCAAAGAGAUCUCCAUGGUCAAGAUCCCCAACAGGGGCUCAGCCAGGUACCUGGCGAGGAAGUACAACCGCAAUGAGACCUACAUACGGGAAAACUUCCUGGUCCUGGAUGUCUUUUUUGAGGCCCUAACUUCUGAAGCCAUGGAGCAGCGAGCAGCCUACGGCCUGUCAGCCCUGCUGGGGGACCUUGGGGGACAGAUGGGCCUGUUCAUUGGGGCGAGCAUCCUCACCUUACUGGAGAUCCUUGACUACAUCUAUGAGGUCUCCUGGGAUCGACUCAAGAGGGUGUGGCGACGGCCCAAGACCCCACUGAGGACAUCCACUGGGGGCAUCUCCACUUUAGGGUUGCAGGAGCUGAAGGAACAGAGUCCCUGUCCAGGCCGGGGGCGUGCUGAGGGUGGGGGGGCUAGCAGCCUGCUUCCUAACCAUCACCACCCUCACGGCCCCCCGGGAAGCCUCUUUGAAGACUUUGCUUGCUAGGAUGGUGCUGUGUGGGGAAGGAAGUAUCCAUGAGUCUGGGAUCCUAACCAGGCCCUACACAUCUCCUGCUCCCAAGACAGAAGGCCUGGGGCAGCCCAGGGCUCAGGGUAGGGGUGGUGCUCACUGAGAGGCCAGGACUGGGAUCCUGCUCUCCCCGACCCAGGCUCGGCUGCCUUGCACAAGGGUCCUUCUUGUCCACACUCCCUGCUCCCAGGCGGGUGUCCAGGAAGGACUGAAGACCAGACUAGAGGUCCCUGAGGAGGGGAGGGAGGAAGAGAAAGACGGGGGAGAUGGAACCCUGGCAGGGCCCCUCUGUACAUUUGUAUAUAUUUAGGGACUGGGUGGGGGUGGGACACAGACACAGAAGGGUGGGGCUGCAGGGGAGGGUGAUGCAGGAUAGUCAGGGUCCCAGCCCUAGUGACAGAGGCAACUCCUUGGGACCUAGGCAUGUUGGGCUGGUUCCUCUCCCCUCUCUCCAGGCCCAGCUCCCCUCUUGGCAGGGGGAGUGGGUGGCCCAGCAGGCCUGGCCCAGCUCCCAGUUCCCCCUGUACCAGCCCCACCUCGAGUUCCCUCCAUGGGGAGUGGGCGGAAGACCUUUCUGACCUUGGCUGAGCUUACCGGGAAGGGGAGUGGCCUUCUCAGUCCUUGCUCCCUAAAGACUGGUUUUAUAAAGUGCAGGCAAGACUGGGAAUAAAAGUCACAAAGAAA